UCAACGCUACUCUUCGUCAAAUUUCCGCCGGUUCCUUCUGUACGGUUCCCGCACUCAAAUUCACUCCACAAUAUCCCCAAAUUCAGCCUUUUCAAUUGCAAAAACCCUAACUAUAAUUACAACUUAAAUCACACUAAAAUGUUGUCAAUUCAGAGAGCCAAUGCGGUUCCUUCGGUACAGGGAGCGGUAUCGGGUGCCAUGAACCUGAUGCAAUCAGCGCCUCCCACGUGGCAGUCUGCUUUGCUCAGUAACAUCGUGAUCUUCGUCUUGGGCUCUCCGAUUCUGCUUUCUGGUUUGUCUCUCUCCGGAAUUGCUGCCGCGUUCUUGCUCGGCACUCUUACGUGGCGCGCUUUUGGGCCCUCCGGGUUCCUUCUUGUAGCUACAUACUUCGUUAUCGGUACAGCAGCAACAAAAGUAAAAAUGGCCCAAAAGGAAGCUCAAGGGGUCGCUGAAAAGAGGAAAGGAAGAAGAGGACCAGGCAGUGUGAUUGGUUCCAGUGCUGCUGGUUGUGUCUGUGCUUUUCUCUCAAUAUAUGGAGUAGGGGGAAAGGCAUUUUAUCGGCUUUGGCAGCUCGGAUUUGUUUCCAGUUUUUGUACUAAGUUGAGUGAUACUGUCUCAAGUGAGAUAGGGAAGGCAUAUGGCAAAACAACGUAUCUAGUUACAACAUUCAAAGUAGUUCCUCGGGGAACAGAAGGGGCUGUUAGUGUUGAGGGAACAGUUGCUGGACUUUUAGCAUCAAUUAUUCUUGCCUCUGUUGGCUGUUACAUGGGACAGAUAAAUGCACCUGAGGCAGUUGUAUGUGUAAUAGCUUCCCAGAUUGCUAAUCUUGGUGAGAGCAUAAUAGGUGCUGCAUUUCAAGAAAAAGAAGGAUUUCGUUGGCUCAAUAAUGAUGCUGUGAAUGUCAUCAACAUAUCAAUGGGCAGCAUUUUAGCGGUACUGAUUCAGCAAUUUGUUCUCCAAAACUGGCGUACAUGAUUUCAUGCAGUCACUGGGAAGCAUGUGUCACACCACUGUGCCCUUCAAUGCUAAAAUUGAAAAGGCAGAAAGCUUCACUCACCAAUGCUAGCUUCUCUGGAGAUCUUGAUGAGCAAUUUGAAGUUAUUGGUUCUUGAUUUCGGAUUGAAAUUAAGUGUAAUAUUUUCCAUGGUAUAGCAUUGUAUUAUUGGUAAAUGAAUGGGAAGCUUUAGUUUGGAAAUAUGAGCAGAUACCUCAUUGAUUAUUUACAUCUAAAA